AUGCUGGUAGGGCCCUGGAAACUUACGCCAUGGGAAAUCGUAGAACACUUUGAAAGUCUCGCAACGCAACACAUCAUAUGGACCAUUAACUUUGUCUGGGAUCUUCACGGAAUUCACCGCGCUAAAGAAUUACCCUGGAAAAAAGUGUACGGGCUAUUGGAGGCUAGAAUAUGGGCAGAGGACCAGACCAAGCCCAUACCUAGGGUAUUCACGAAGGCGGAAUGCGAUAUGGCUUACCGUAGUUUGCCUGGCCUUGUCGCAAAGGCGGCCACGGACCAGAUCUCGAGACCGAGUCCGAUAAGCGACGCAGCUGGCAAUGUAGAGCAGACGCCCUUGAGACACGGUACGAGAAGCGGCGCCGAGCAGGCAACACCGACAAACAGCUCUGCUGAGCGCGUAGGACAUGCCCGAAAUAUCACGACUUCAUCAACCCCUCUAGAAAUUGCUGUAACCCAAGCUUCGACCAACUCCAGGAGCGGAGACCUCCCUCCAAUGCAACCCUCAAGCCUAACACACGUACAAACAGACCCGCUAAGACGCCGAGUUGAUUCCGAUGCUUCGAUAGACCGUGAGAAUACGCCCGUACAACCAGACCCGCUUGGCCGCCGAGAUGAUUCCAAUGCAUCCAUGGACCGUGAACAUACACCACAGACCGAUACUGCUCCGUCCGACACCUCAAGAGCAACGGGCCAGGCGGUGGAACCGGACCAACGGUCGGUAAUAGAUGCAGCUCCGUCGGGUGACUCAAGAGCACCAAGUCAGACGAGGAAGAUAACACGACUGAGGAGUGCCACCAUAGUCGAGGAUCUCAACUCGUCCAGCGCCCUGAGCACGCGUACCUUAAGCCACAUACUGGAUACGUUCCUCCCGACCCACAAGGCAGCCGUACGUCCAGAAGACGACUUCCUUGAGCUACUGCCGGCUAAAGUACUCGAUUUGUGCACGCUUCUUCAUGCACCAUCCAGCGGGCAGGCUCAUGACCAAGAGGCCCUAACAAUGGACGGCACCAACGGCUUCAGCGGCGAUAGCCACGACAUUGAGACUUAG